UUCAUGCCAACUCCGCACCAAUCGGAAUCCCAUUGUGCAGCGCGUAUCGUCGUGCCCCUUAUCGCCCUAUCACACACUCUCUCUCUCUCUCUCUUUUCCCCCCUUUUCCCUCUCCCACUCACUUUUCCCUUCGGGAUAACGAUUAGAUGCAUACCGAAUAACAUCGAUCCCGAUUUCUGGAACGAGGUCACCACGCAAGGGGCAACGAUCCGCGGCGCCUCCUCCGGAGCGAGCUUGAUCGCCAGAAGAAGAUCCCAUCGCGCUCCUGUCAUCGUCGCGCGCCGUGUUUACGUCAAGUGUUUAUUUACGUGUACACUUUGAAUAAAAAUACACGGGAGUUCGCAGCAUCGUCAUGAAGUGACGGAGCUGUCAGGAUCAUCGAGGACACCUCGUUUGUAUAUUUUCGGGUUUCCUACCCUCUUGGUAAAGUCUACUCUAGAAAUCGACGCGUCCCUUCGUCCUCCGAGAGAGAGAGAGAGCGAGAGAUAGAAAGAGAGAAAGAGAAAGGAUAGAGAAGGAGAGAUGACGAGUUACGUCGUCGCUCGUCCUCGCUGGCGGCGGUGCAUCAUUUCCGCGAGGGUCCGCGUCGAUGACGCAAAGUGAACUCGUCGCCUGCCCAGGAGAGCGUUCGUUCACCCCCUCGGGAUCCGUUUACAGAUUUAGGCCAGUCCAAAACAAUACAGGAAGAUGGACGCGACGAUAGAGAGAGAGUGCAGCGCGUUGGGCGGUUUGUUCCAGCAGAUCAUCACUGACAUGAAGAAUGGAGCACCACUAUGGGAAGAUUUGAUUUCAAAAGCUACAAAGUUACAUGCAAGUUUAAGAGCUGCUCUCUUGGCUAUUUCUGCGUAUCUUGAGACUUUUCAGAAGAUAGCAGAUGCUGCAACUAAUGCCAGGGGUGCAACUAAGGAAAUUGGAACAGCACUGACACGAAUAUGUUUAAGACAUAAGGCGGUAGAAACUCGUAUGAAGUCAUUUACUAGCGCUAUCAUGGACUGUUUGGUGCUGCCUUUACAAGAGAAACUGGAGGAUUGGAAAAAAUCUUUGAUCAAUUUAGACAAAGAACAUGCCAAAGAAUUCAAAAAAGCAAGGGCGGAGUUAAAGAAACGCUCCACCGACACUCUACGUCUGCAAAAGAAGAAAGCACGAAAGGGUCAAGUUCACCUACAUAUUCAAGGACAACCUCAAGGUCACGGGGCGUGUUCCAGCGACGUGGAGCUCAAUAGGAUGCUGGAAUCGUCAGCGGCGGUUGUCCAGGAGAAAAGACUGAGUUUAGAAGAAACGGAACGAAAAGCCGUCCGUGCUGCCCUUCUCGAGGAGAGGGGCAGAUUUUGUCUCCUCGCUCGAUUCCUGAAACCCGUACUCGAUGAGGAGAUAUCGAUGUUGUUGGAAUUGACGCAUCUGCAAGAGGUGUCCGAUCAGUUGCAAAGACACGCCGCGUCGCCUCAUCAUUUACCGCCUGCAUCGGAGCAGGUAAUAACGGACAUCAAAGGUUGCGACGUCGCCCAGUGGUCGUUGGCUACACCGCCGUCGAGUCCGUCGCUGUCUCUGGGGUCGAGGAAGAGCUCCAUGUGUUCGAUCAGUUCUCUAACUAGUAGCAGUAGUGGAUCUUGUAAGAGUCACCCGAGUCCGUCCGGACAUCCAUGGCACAGAUCGCUUUCUCAGCCGAUCGGUGUCAGGCCCGCCAGCAUCAGCGGCAUUGCGACAUUUCGCCACUUGACGAGUGGCAGUUCCCGCGACUCUGGCUUCACGUCUCAGGACACGUUGUAUAAUCAACCGAUUUCCGAAGAUCAGGUAUCGAAUGUGUCUUCUCUAAGUAAUCAAAGUACUGGUUGCACUGUAACAAGAGCCGUGACAACUUCAACUUGGCCUGAUUUGCAGGAAACGUCUGCUCAAAACAACCGGCAAAAUCCAAGUGCAGUGAACGAACGGCCACAUACCAUUUCCUCUGCAUACGAAAAAGGCCACCAGAGACCCGCGCUCAGCGUCUACACAUUCCAAGCGCCAGAUCGCGACGGUAGCAGCUGCUGCCACAGCCAGCCAGCCUCGCCGGUUUCCUCUUCCUCGUCGUGUUCUUCCUCGAAUCAGCAACUGUCUAGGGUACAACUUCGUAGAAAUAACGGCGGCACUCGUCCACCUAUACCAAAUAGAUGCUCUAGUCUGGAACGGCCGACGAUUCCAGUGAAGAACGAGCCGCCCGGAAGUCCACGAGGAAAGCCUAAGUUACCUCUUCCGGCUCAUUUGGCGAAAGAAUUGGCGACUCAUCAGCUUCAACAGCCGAUGUACGUAAAUAUGCACGAGUUGGCGAAUCUGGCUGCCAGUCGUGCUCAGGAAAUGCAGUUUCCGCUGCCUCCUCCUCCGGCAUCGUUAACGACAUCAAGCACCGAUAAGACCGAGGCUCCGGAGAAAGAUGCUGGUAGUCAAACGUCCGAGUCCAGCUUGGAGUCCAGCAGCGGAUACGGAAGCCAAAAUACUUUGCCGCAUUCGCAUUCACUUCACAAUCAAAACGAGAACAACACGUGGAACAUACCUAGCGCGGUCGCGACCAUGUUAAUGACACGCAGAGGUUCGGCGCAGCAGCAGGCGAUCAGACCACCGCCGCCAACGAGACACACAUCUGCCAUUGUCGCUCCACCCACGUUAUCCGUCAACGAAGAUCGCAGUGAAACUGUUUGCGAGGAGGUGGAGAAUCUUCCUCCACCACCUGCUUUCCUUCUAGAAGGCUCCUCGCCCACAGCCAGUCCUACGCCUCAGAGAUCCAUCUCUGUCUCUGAAACGGUGAGGACUUUGACAGAGUUGCGUCAUACUCCUGCCAGUCCUUCGCUCUUGCGGAAGGCUACCUUGCAGCAACAGGCGCAUAAUAAUCCAAGCAUAGUUCAACACAACACCGUGCUACAGAUAACUCGUUCAUCGGUAGAACGUUCCUGCUCCGCCAUCCGUUCGGCCUCUCAAGAACGCGGAUCCGUCAGCGCGCAAACGACUAGUUCGGCUGGUGGAAGCCCCGUCGUUCAGCAGGCAAGCCAAGCUCAAGGACAGGGACCCGGUGGCGUAGGCCAGGGUUUUAUGGCGGUGCUCAACGCUAAGCUCAUCGGUACCAUAGGCGGCGGCAAUGCGGCCGCAUCAGGAGUGAACGCCAGUGGCAGCCCUAAGUCUCUCAGGAAGCAGUCAAUUACGGAACAACAGCAGCAGCAGUCCAAGAAUGUUAAAACGGCUCCCGGUUUCCUCGAAACGCUGAACGCCAAGUUGGCCCAGCAACAGCAGGUCUUGCAACAGGCGGGGAACAACGGGGCGAGCAGGUCGGCGAGCAUCAGACGUAUCAUGGGCAAUCGCGUGCCUAUCAUGGACCCGGUGCAAAUGAGGGACUCCCUCAUGGAUCAGAUCAGACGAGGCACUUCGCUGAAGAAAACCAGCGGCCCAAUCAACGACCGUUCGGCGCCCAAAAUCUAUUAAACAGUCCAGCGCCGCGUAAGUUUGUAACAUCGCGCGUUGCUUUACGAAUUCCAAGCAGCUGUAAAUCUCUCUUUCGGAUAUAUAUGUAUUCGGAGUUAUAUGUAUAUAUAUAUAUAUAUACAUAUAAUUGAGAGGCGAUAAGAAUAAUAAGCGUCGAACGGACAUCAGCAUCUUCCGAUUUUUCGUGCAUGAUUUUCGAGUUACGUGCGCGAGAUACGAACAAAGCCGCCGUUUUACAUUUAUCCUUUCCUCCCUCUGAUAACACGCAGGCUCUAUAUUAAAUCGAUAUAUGAUUUCUUGUAAAAUAACACACGCGUAUUGAAAUGAUAUUUACGCGCAAUUGAAGGAAUAAUUUUAACGGAUAGAUAUUUUAAUGGCGUUAUAUAUAUAUAUAUAUUAUUGUAGCGUAUAGCAUAUGUGAAAAAGAACGCAGCGUGGAAAGAGAUUUUUAUAACGUAAUAUCAAUAUUUAUGAGAAAAGGAAAAACUGAUUUGAUUGAGGGAAUUGUGUCUCGACAAGAUCCAUAUCGAUACAACGACAAUACUCCAGUACAACUUGUGUCUUAUAGUUGUCUAUUUUUUCUGCUUGACACGAAGACCGACUCUCUAUCUCUCUUGAUGCUCCAUUGUCUCGCUUAGUCUGUAAUUGAAUAUGUAAUUUGGGAUCUUCACUGUGGGAUCUCGCGAAAAUCAUACAUAAUUUAAUAUCGAGCUUGUGUAUUCGAGACGCCAAGUCUCGUCGAUACACACACAUAUCGGUUUACAAAUAUUCUCUUUUUCUUACGUGUGUUUUGUUUUGAGUUUUAUAUGAGAGAAGGUUUCUCUAUUUUGCUAUAAUUUCUACAGUUUCUCGAGAGGUUGCUGCGACGCGUUUUCAACCGAGCUCGAUGGCCGAUUCUCUCCAGUAGUGUACUUUUUGCUAUCGAGAUCUUAUUCUCGGUUGUGAGAGAGAAUUGUGGUAUAUAUAUAUAUAUAUAAAUAUAUAUAUACUAAAAAUGAUAUACAUUAUACGACAUCUCUCUUUCAAUGUCGAUAAAUGUUAAUAAGCAUAUAUGUCGCGAAGAUGAUUAUAUUUACACACAAGUUGUCGUCGUCGCUUGCAAGC